UUGUUUGGCAGUACUGCCAUUUGAAAUAAAUUGUGCUGCAAAUAGUUUAAAGUGCGAAAACGUCUCGGCCGAAUGAAAAAAUGUGAAGUUUGUCUCAUAAUAUACAUACACACACACACACACACAACUUAAAGAACGUGAAAAUAAUAAAGCAAUGAGGAUAUUGUCCUGUUUUUGUUAUAACAAAGGCACAAUUAACGCUGAGGACAAGUGAAGCGCUCUAAUGAAUAAUACCUUAGUAUACAUACAUACAAACACACGCACACACGACGCAUACAGACAUAUAUAAACGUGAAAAGAAAAGUUGUUUUAGGUCAAACAAAAGCGACAAAAAGAAAGAAAAUCCGAACCGAAGGGAAGCAUGUACAAAGCGCGCCUGCAAAAAUGAAAAUCAAUUAGAAAAAACGCUAUAAAAUUAAGGAUCCAUCAAGCUCGCGACGACGCAUCCGUUGAUGAGCAGCUCGUUGGCUAUUGGUACAAGCACCACAGCAGAGAGCGGGACGUCGAUGUGAUUGUAAUGCCGUCACGUCGCAGUGGUGGUGUUGGCACCACACGGCGCAAGCACUCGCUGGGCAAUCUGCGACGAGCGCACCCGGCGUCCGGCGCCACAUGGAAUGUGCAAGUGGUGCGUGGCAAGAUGUCCUCCAAGUGCCUGUGGCAUGCCUGUCGAGCGCUAAUCCUGGGCCUGGCCCUAAUGCUGGUCGGGGCUGGUAUGGCCACCCUCGGCUACUAUGCGGAUCAUCUGUCCAUGGGCUCCGAGCUGAGAGGCAAUGUGACGGUGCGCGUCAAGAACGAUCUGAAGGGCUUCCAUUUGAAUAACUUUGCGUAUGUGGGACCGAUUGUGAUGGGCUUCGGUGGCUUCAUCGUGGUCGCCUCCUGUGUGAUGACCUUCGAGGCACGCGACUCCGCUGCCAAGGUAGUGCCGGCUCGAUUGCGCGCUGGCGGCGGCAGUACUUGCAACAAAUCCACGACUCGCAGUAAUCAAGGCAGCUCCGCCUCCCAGCGACGUGGAAUGGGUGCUCAAUAUCAGUCGACCCGUUGGGAUCAGCACUUUGGCGUGUUUCGCUCUUCGCCCAACGAUGCACAUCAGCAGCUGCAGGCAGUCGCUGGUGCCACAGGAUCGGCUGCGACGCAGCCCUUCGAUCGCGAGGCACUCACCGCGGAGCUCGUCAAGUUCUCCAAGUCCCUCAGCGCAUCCACACGAUACUCGCCACAGCUGUCUCAGCGUCGCCUCACCUUCACUGGUUCCGUGCCCAAUCUGUCCACCAUCCAUGCAAACGCUCAUCCAUCCACCGACUGCAACGACUCUAAUCACUCCAAUCUGUUCUCGUCGCAUCUUCAAUCGCCGCUGGAACUUCACUAUCAACAACUGAUACAACAACAACAACAAUUGCAACAAAUGUGCUGCAAACGACAUCAUCACCAUCAUCGCCAUCAUCAACACAAACAACGCAAACAACAACAACAACAUCAACAAUCGAGCAGCAGUGUUCGACGCGUUCGUCAAUCUCGAACCGCUGGCAGCGCUGCUGGUGGUGGUGGUGGUGGAGCUGGUGGCUCAAGUGGCUCCAAUACACGCCUCAGCGGUAACUCCUCCAGUUUGAUACAGCGCGCAACAAGAGAUUAUACCACCUGCACUCUCCUCCAGCCGCCGGCAGCGAGUCGUGUCUACUGGCAGGCGUCGUCCUUCGAUGCUGGCAUGGGAGCGGGCAUCGCUGUGCACUCCAGUCACGGCGAGAAACGCGCUGAGCGCAACAAACGCUCCGAUACAGCCAAGCGACAUGUCCUCUCCCGUCAGCGUCCCAUCGAGCACGAGGAUGCAGCGGCGGCGAGGGAGAGGGAUCGAGAUCGUGACCGGGAUCGGGAUCGUUACAGUCCGUUGGGACACAGGCGCAACUCGACCAUGUCAGAUUCAUCGUAUAGUGGCCGCUGGACGGCACGUUGUGCUUCUGUGGCAAGUCGCACUUCCAGCAUCGAUUCGCGUCGCGUGCAAGUAGAUCUCCAUAGUCCGGAGGUGAUGCCAAAGUCGAUACUGCGCUCUCCCAAACGCUACAGUUCCGGUCCCUCGGCCACGCCAUCCGUCGAUAAGGAGUUCCGCAGCCAGUUGUCGGUGUGCUCGGAGCCACCACCACCCAUACGUCAAUUGUCGGGACAGUCGAGCAUGGAACCCGCUCUGCCGGAGGAAAAUGUGGAUGUAAUCGAUGAACGCGUUGACAAUGAGUGCAACAGCAACAACAACAACAACAAUAACAACAUCAACACAAAUGUCUCCUACAAUGAGAUAAAUAAGCUGACGCAUCACAGCCACAGUCUGCCACCGAAGAAACCGCGUCCCGACUUUCUGCCACUCGGCGACAGCACAGAUCAGCAAGAGGCACAGCAGCAGCAGCAGAAGGCAAAUCCUGCAAUGCUUUACAGGAGCAGCAGUUCCAGGCAGUUCUAUCGACCCAAGCCUGGCAUUAUCAAGGAUCAAGAUGAUUCCAUAUUCUAUAUACGCUCGCUGGAGCGUGCCGUCAGUUCGGCCAGCAACGAUGAGCAGAUGUACGACUCCCUUCGGGUGAUCAAUGAGCGCCGCUCCACAUUGCUGAUGGCGGAUUCGCAGAGUUCGCUGGGCUCCGCGGAGCGUAAGCUGAGCAGUUUUUCGCUAAAGAUGCCGGAUAUAAGGGAGCGGGAGAACUCAAUAGAUAUUGAGGAGGGGUCGGCGGCAGCAGCAGCAAAGGCUGCGGAAGAUUCACCCACAGCAGAGCUUGAAAAAGAUCCAAAUGAUACCUAAAUCAAUUGUAGAUAAUUAUAUAAAUGUGUGUUUGUGUGUAUUUAUAAGGUAUAUCAAAUAAUUGGUUACCGCUAGCCAAUGACAGUUACUUUAAAUACGGCUCUAUUGUCAAAAUGUUUGAUACGCUUGCAACAAUUGGUACACCGAAAAAUUGAAUUUAAGUUUACAAAGAUUAGCAUAGAAAACAUGUCUCAAAACAACAAAAAAUCGAUCUCAAUCGUCUCAUUUCGUUUCAUUUUCACAAUAACUACUAUCUGAAUAUGAAUUACUAUAGCUGUAUUAAAUACCGAUAAAAACUAACUUUAAAUCGUUAUCUAUGUUGCCAUAGGCACUAUUCGAUGUAUUAAAAUUAUAGUCUUCCUAUUGUUGAAUUGUUGAAAUAACUGUGAAGAAACACACAAAACAUUAACUGUUAUCAUUUAAAAUGUUCUUUGUGGAUAUAAACGAGCUUUUAAUAAUUAAGUUCUAUGGCUCCCACUUUCACCUAUAUCCUGUUUCCGGUUUGUGCAACCUAAAUGAAAACAAUUCCUUGGAAAAGCACUUUGAAAUUUUAUGUAUAUAAGAAAAAUAUGUAAAAAAUACAAUCAGCUUACAAGCGAAGACUGAUGUUCGUAAAAAUAAUGUUCUAUUUAUGGAUUGUGCGCUGCAAGGACAACAAAAUGUCAAUUUCUGUUCCAGAUACAAUGAAAAGCAAUAACAAACUGUAAUUACAUAAUGAUUAUAAAGCACCGAGUGCAAAUGAGGACAGCGAAAAGUUAACCAUAAAUAAAUAAACGAAUAAGCAUAUUAUGUUUCAAGCGUUCCAUAACUGAACAAUGUAUAAGAAAUAUCAGAGAAAAAACUCUAUUUUCACUUAUGUAUAUUUGGGUUUGUCAAGUUGAAACCAGUAAUAAAUAGUACAUAUUUCACAGAUACAACUUCUACCAACGUAAUUAUUGAUAAUCAUAUAUGUGAAACACACUUUACAUGAUACUUAUACACACUAAAUAUGUAUUUUAUAUCUGAGUGUUAAUUUAUAAAUCGAAAGAACGCAAACAAAUGUUUCUUAAUCCAUGUUUCUUAUAAGUGUGUUGCAAAAAAAUACCUAUAAAACCAAAUGUCAGGCAAUCAUUGGCAUUGGCCCUAAACAAAAAAUAUGAUGGAAUUUGUACUUAUGAAAAAUCAGAUAAAACCCAAAAUGUUAUACGUACUCAUUAUUGAUGUGCAAAAAGUUUUAUAUUACCUGUUUAUUGCAUGAGAAAUCCAUAUUCACUAGAGAUGCAAACAAUAUUUAUAUUAAUAAAUGGAAUUAUA